AUGGAAGUGCAGAUCUCUCAAGAAGAAUUUCGCAUGUUUCAUUCACUUGAUCGGAGGCUGUACUUGAUUCUUGUGACAGACUUGUUGCGCGAACCAUUGGAAGCAAUGCAAGUCAUGGCCUUGUGGUUGUGGUUGGAACGAGCUGGAUUCUAUAAUAUAGUAAAAGGGAUCCUUGAUUUUCCUGUUAUGUUAAUCAAUGAUCUUGUGGAAGAGGCUAUCAUAUGCCUCAUGUUAAUUGAAAAUCCUGUUUCUGUAUUACUCAAUUCAGAAGCUGCUGAGAUUCCUCUCACACAAAGUGUGAUACAGAAGAAUUUUUCGCUUUACUAUUUGCGACAAAAUCAAAUGGCUGCGAAAGCUGGGGUGGAAAAGACCCGGAAGACUAUUUGUAAGCGGGCUUUCGAGGAUCUGAUGCAGCAAGCCAUGUUGCGAAAUGAGGCUCAGAGGGUGGCCGAGAGCCAGCAGCAGCUUCUUAUUCAUCAACAGACAAUCCUCACUAAUAGCUUUGCUAACAAUGUGGUGGUUCCGGCUGAUGAGCGAACAAUGUUUGUUACGUUUUCGAAAGGCUAUCCGGUGGCUGAGUGGGAGGUUCGUGAUUUUUUUGUGAAGAUUUUUGGACACUGCAUUGAAUCAUUUUACAUGCAGGAAGUGAAGGAUGCGAAGGAUCAGGCUUUAUUUGCUCGAAUCGUGUUCUUUCGAGCUGACAUAAUUCAUAUGAUACUUAAUGGUGUUGCGAAGGCCAAAUUUACCAUCAACGGAAAACAUGUCUGGAUGCGCAAGUUUGUCCCAAAGAGAACGAGGCCAAUUGUGAUCGGGGCGAAGUCGAUAUCAGUGCCAAAGAAGACACUGAAUAAUGAUUCUGGGGAAGUAAUGAUAGUAAAGGAGAAGGUUGAUCCGAUUGUUGCUUUCAGCAAGCCCCCUCCACUCCCACCUGUUAUCGGGCCACUGGUUGUUCUUUCAUUGCUGGAUUCGUACUUUAGCCGCGACAAUGAUGACUGA